GCAUGAAGGCAGUAAUCGUAUUUUGCCUUAUGGCAUUGUCCAUUGUGGACGCAGCAUGGAAGCCGCUCCCUGAAAACUUGAAGGAGGACUUGAUCGUGUAUCAGGUCUACCCGAGAAGCUUCAAGGAUAGCAAUGGAGAUGGUAUUGGUGAUAUCGAAGGUAUUAAAGAAAAAUUGGAUCAUUUUCUCGAAAUGGGGGUCGACAUGUUUUGGUUAUCCCCUAUUUAUCCAAGCCCUAUGGUCGAUUUUGGUUACGACAUUUCGAAUUACACCGACGUUCAUCCCAUAUUUGGCACCAUAUCAGACUUAGAUAAUCUAGUCAGUGCUGCACAUGAGAAAGGAUUGAAGAUAAUCUUGGAUUUCGUCCCGAAUCAUACAUCUGAUCAACACGAAUGGUUCCAGUUGAGUUUGAAAAACAUUGAACCUUAUAACAACUAUUACAUUUGGCAUCCAGGAAAAAUUGUAAAUGGCAAACGUGUUCCACCAACUAAUUGGGUAGGCGUGUUUGGUGGAUCAGCUUGGUCGUGGCGGGAAGAACGACAGGCAUAUUAUCUGCAUCAAUUUGCACCAGAACAACCAGAUCUAAAUUACUAUAAUCCAGUUGUACUGGAUGAUAUGCAAAAUGUUCUCAGAUUCUGGCUGAGAAGGGGAUUUGAUGGUUUCAGAGUAGAUGCUCUGCCUUACAUUUGCGAAGACAUGCGAUUCUUAGACGAACCUCUAUCAGGUGAAACAAAUGAUCCCAAUAAAACCGAGUACACUCUCAAGAUCUACACUCACGAUAUCCCAGAAACCUACAAUGUAGUUCGCAAAUUUAGAGAUGUGUUAGACGAAUUCCCGCAACCAAAACACAUGCUUAUCGAGGCAUACACGAAUUUAUCGAUGACGAUGAAAUAUUACGAUUACGGAGCAGAUUUUCCCUUCAAUUUUGCAUUCAUCAAGAAUGUUUCUAGGGAUUCAAAUUCAUCAGACUUCAAAAAAUUGGUCGAUAAUUGGAUGACGUACAUGCCACCAAGUGGUAUUCCUAACUGGGUGCCCGGAAAUCACGAUCAAUUGAGAUUGGUGUCGAGAUUUGGAGAGGAGAAGGCCCGUAUGAUCACCACGAUGUCGCUUUUGCUGCCAGGUGUUGCCGUGAAUUACUACGGUGAUGAAAUUGGUAUGUCGGAUACUUAUAUCUCGUGGGAGGAUACGCAGGAUCCGCAGGGAUGCGGCGCCGGUAAAGAAAACUAUCAAACGAUGUCGAGAGAUCCCGCGAGAACGCCAUUCCAAUGGGACGACUCAGUUUCUGCUGGAUUUUCCUCAAGCUCUAAUACCUGGCUUCGUGUCAACGAAAAUUACAAGACUGUCAAUCUAGCUGCUGAAAAGAAGGACAAGAACUCGUUCUUCAAUAUGUUCAAGAAAUUUGCGUCGCUGAAAAAAUCGCCAUACUUUAAAGAGGCCAAUUUAAAUACGAGGAUGCUGAACGACAAUGUUUUCGCAUUCUCUAGGGAAACCGAAGAUAAUGGAUCUCUUUACGCAAUAUUGAACUUCUCGAACGAGGAACAAAUCGUGGAUUUGAAAGCGUUCAAUAACGUGCCGAAAAAAUUGAAUAUGUUUUACAACAAUUUUAACUCUGAUAUAAAGUCCAUCUCCAACAAUGAACAAGUAAAAGUUUCUGCUUUAGGAUUUUUCAUCUUAAUUUCUCAAGAUGCUAAAUUUGGAAACUUUUAAUUUCUUCCUGAAUAUGUCUAUUCUUUGAAGCGGCGAAAGGAAACAUAUAUCGUUAAAAUCUCUCUAUAUUAUUAUAUAUAUAUAUAUGUAUUAGCUAAUAAAUUUUAAAUAUUUUGAAACGU